CUUUUAUCCACCUGUCCAUCCGCCCCGUAGAGACCAGGCACCAGAGACACGCACUCAUUUCCCAGGACUACACAGAUCGGAGAAACCGAGGCCCCCCUUCCAGCCGCGCGAGCAGCUUCUUCCGCUUCGAUCGAUCCAGCAAGAGAGGGGUUCCGAUGGGGCUGCAGUGGAUGCUCCUGACGUGCGUGGUGGGGGCGGAGGCGGCGGUGGCCGCGCUGCUCACGCUCCCGGCGCCGCGGGCCGUGCGGGCACAGAUCGUCGGGCUCACCUCCAUGCUUCUGCAGCCCAUGGCCGCGGUGCUCCCCUUCGCCGCCUUCCAGCUACUUGAUAUCUACUGGAAGAACGAGCACAGGCUGAUUUGCACGGGAGAGAUGUGCACCUCCGAGGAGCGUGUCCGCUUCGAGAAAUCCAUUUUCAAGUCCCAGAGGAAUGUCAUCCUUUGUGUUUCAGUAUUUAUCCUUUAUUGGUCCAUCUAUCGCAUUUGCAAGUUCAACAAGGACAUUAAGGCACUGGAGGAGGUUGAGAAGCGCAUCAAGGAAGAGUAGAAUCAUCCUAGUUUGUGAUGGAUUUUGUGGUAUUCCCGGCCUUCAGCAAAUGUAUCCAGACUUUAGGAUAUCCAAUGUAUAUUUGGUUUUCCUUUGAGCAAGUAGAAUGUAACCUGUUUCGACGCUUCACAUCCUCCUUUCUUGGACCGGCUGUUCUAUAUGUAACUUGUGGCGGUGGCUACUACGAAGACAUCUAAACGUUUCCAUAUUAGUCAUCCUUGAAGUUUGAACACCUGCUA